AUCUGUUCUGUCUCUGAAGGUGAGCCAUGUCCAGUUCAGCCUCCCAGUGGACUCCUCAGCGUCCUUUUCUCCUCCUUUUGGCGUUUUGCUUCAUCUCCCUUUUCAUCUCGUACAAGGCCGACAUCACCUACCCCGAUUUAGGAAGAGUUGGUCAGUUUUGUCCUGCCUUCCUGUGUGCAGAGAGAGCACAGAGCCAUGACUCAAUCCCCAGCAACUCCACAGAGCUCCUCAAUAAAUCACAUUCAGGUCCGACCGAGAAGCUCCAGGCGGCAGCAGUGGACGCUGAGCCCGACACAGUUGUGCUGGUCUGGAUGUGGCCGUUUGGCUUCAAAUUUGAACUCAACUGCGACAUUUUCAAUUUCACAAGAUGCCACUUAACAGAUAACAGGGAACUUUACCAUAAGGCCCACGGGGUGGUCUUCCACCACAGGGAUAUACAUGGAAGUUUAGAAAACAUGCCCAAAGUGCCACGCCCCGUUUAUCAGAAAUGGGUUUGGUCAAAUAUGGAGUCGCCCACCAACUCAGGUAAAAUCACUGGACUGAAUGAGCUUUUCAACUUGACAUGCAACUAUCGGCGUGAUUCAAGUAUCCCAGUGCCUUAUGGGUAUCUGUAUCCCGUGACCUUUGCAGAGGAGAGUUUCAAAUUGCCAGUAAAGGACAAGUUGGUGUGUUGGAUUGUGAGCAACUGGAGCCCGAAUAUGAAGAGAGUUCAGUACUACACUGAACUGAAGAAACACGUAACGAUUCAUGCUUAUGGGAGAGCCUUUGAAAAACCUAUUGGUAAUGAAGACUUUGUAAAAAUUAUUUCUCCUUGUAAAUUCUACCUCUCCUUUGAGAACUCCUUCCACAGAGAUUACAUCACAGAGAAGUUCUUUAAUCCUUUGACUUGGGGAAGUGUUCCGGUAGUUAUGGGCCCGCCAAGACACGUGUAUGAGGGCCACGCCCCAGCUGAGUCUUUCAUUCAUGUCGAUGACUUUCCUUCUCCAAAGGAGUUGGCAGAGCGGCUACUUUACCUUGACCAAAAUCACACCGAGUACAUGCGAUUCUUCAACUGGAGAAGCGCGUUUAAAGUUAAAGGCGCUCUGUUUGGAAGAGAAAUCGCCUGUAAAACAUGUAGAUACUUACAAAACCACAAGGAGUACCAAGCUUUUAAUGAUCUGAACACUUGGUACUGGGGCUGAGAGGGUGUGAACGCUUCAUUCAAAAUAUUACACUGUGUAUUUAACUUUAUUUGUUGCUAAUAAAGUGUCCAAAUAGA